GACUAAAAAUCCCACCCCCUUAGAAGGAAAAAUAAGACAUGGUCAAACCCUCUCCCUCCCUAAAUCGUCUUACGUAAUAAAUAAACUGCAGCAAAGUACAUUAAAGGUUUCAAAACAUCGGGAUAAAAAUAGGUAAUUUUACAUUAUGCGUGAUAUAAAAACCACUUAAAUAGUUUUUUCAUUAUUAUUAAAGUUUUUUUUGUUAAAAUCCUAUGGUGUAAAAAUAUUUGGUCUUAGUAUUUAAAAAAAACCUAGUUAUAACGAUUUGCGUUAUUUCUGUUUACUCAGAAUAAUAAGCUCUUCCGAACCGAAUGGUUGAACACUAAAGAAAACUAGGUAAAAAAUCAAUGUAUUUUUUUCUUCCCGUCAUGUGACGUGACCGUCAUACAAAUGUCUAGGAAAAAUGGUAAUAAAUUAGGAACAUUAAAUUAGGAUACUUUUUUUAAAUUUAAAUGCUCGUAUCCCGAUUCUCUGACACCACUGUAUAACGCCCACGUCCCUAAUAUAAAAGGGAGCGAAUCCAUCCUGACUCCACAGUCUCAACCGCCGUGCUAAACCAAACACUUCCAAAUUUGAAUCUGUUCCAAUUUUGAAUCCUUUGCUUUUAAUUUUUGGCCAGUGAUCGGAUUUUCGGAUUUUUGAGAGCCAACCAUGGGGUCAAACAUCAAAGCCUCAACUCUCCUCCUGAUCUUCGUAACCUUCACUACCGUGGCUGCGCAGACCUUCCAGUACUCCCGGGGCUGGACCAAUGGGAAGCGGGCACAUAAGAGGGACGAAGGAAACCUGGCAGGGAACCUGGAGAAGAUCCUGAGCCCGUGCCAGAUGAGCAAGCUGAAGUAUGUGCUGGAAGGAAAGCCAGCGAGUGAGCGACUACUCCUUCCCUGUGACUAUUCCGAAGACGACGAAGUCCCCAAACGUUACAAGAACGAACGCCAAGAUCCGCUAUUAGACAAUUUUCUUUGAAGAUCCAACACAGGGAAAUUUGCAUGGAGACGACAGCUAUGAUAAUGUUAAAUUUUGUAAGCUCAGGAUUAGUUAAUACGUCGGUCGCGAAAUAUCUAUUGUACCUGUCGAAUUUUAAUAGACGU